AUGGCACGAAUCAACAUCCCACUCGAUGCGCUCACCAGCCGGCUGAACCUUCAAGGCCGCUUCGACUCGGUGCGGUCACAGUCCAUAGCGAACCGCUUCGCCAAUCUGAAGCCCAUUUCAGAGUUCCUCGACCUCAAGCGGCUGUCAAAACCUAAAGACUUCGGGGAUGUACAGAACCGAGUCAACUACAACCUGUCCUACUUCAGCAGCAACUACGCCGCAGUCUUCCUCAUGCUCAGCAUCUACAGCCUGCUCACGAACCUAACUCUGCUGUUCGUGAUCGUGCUCGUAGUGGGAGGCAUGUUCGGCAUCGGCAAGCUCGGCGGCCGCGACCUGGACGUCGGCUUCGCCCGCGCAACAACAUCACAACUCUACACUGGCCUAUUCGUGAUCGCUGUCCCCCUUGGCCUCUGGGCCUCCCCGAUCCAAACAGUCCUCUGGCUGAUCGGCGCCAGCGGCGUCACGAUCCUCGGCCACGCGAGUUUUAUGGAGAAAGAUGUGGCGGCGUCUUUCUCCGAGGAGGCGGUAUAG